UCCCGCCUCCGCUCGGAGGCUUCGCCUUUCCCGAUACACCGCGGCGGCCGUGGAGCUUGGUUGGGAGCCAUGGCUCCCGGGGCGGCGCGGCGGGCCCGGCGCAGGGUCCGGGGCGCGCUGCCGGCCGGGGCGCGGGCUCGCUCGGCCGAGGACUGGUGGUGGGACCAGCUGGCGCCGAGCGGCUCCGGGUACCACCUGCUGCAGUCGGACAGCAUGCUGCUGGUGCUGCCGGGCCCGGGGCCUGCCCGCACUCGCGUGCAGAGGCGUGCGGCCCGCCGCACUCAGCGGCUGCUGCCCCCCGCGUCCCGCGCCUCGGCCGCCAAGGCCGCCAAGGCCAGGCCUAGAGCUGCGCCCGCUCCGGAGCCGCAGCAGGGGCACCCGGGCUGGGGCGACCGCAUCCCCCUGGAAAUCCUGCUGCAGAUUUUCGGGCUGCUGGUGGCGGCCGAUGGGCCCAUGCCUUUCCUCGGCAGGGCUGCACGCGUGUGCCGCCGCUGGCACGAGGCCGCCUCCCAGCCCGCGCUCUGGCACACUGUGACCCUGUCGCCCCCGCUGGCUGGCCGCCUCGCCAAGAGCGGAGCCAAGGCCGAGAAGAAGGUUCUCGACUCUCUGGAGUGGCUUAUGCCCAAUCGGUUCUCCCAGCUCCAGAGGCUGACCCUCAUCCACUGGAAGUCCCAGGUACACCCCGUGUUGAAGCUGGUCAGCGAGUCUUGUCCUCGACUCACCUUCCUCAAGCUUUCUGAUUGCCAUGGUGUGACCCCUGACACCCUGGUCAUGCUAGCCAAAGCCUGCCCCCAGCUCCACAGCCUGGAUAUACAGCACUCCAUGGUGGAGUCCACAGCCGUGGUGAACUUCUUGGAGGAGGCAGGGCCCCGAAUGCGCAAACUGUGGCUGACCUACAGCUCCCAGACAACAGCCAUCUUGGGGGCACUGCUGGGCAGCUGUUGCCCCCAGCUCCAGGUCCUGGAGGUGAGCACCGGCAUCAAUCGCAACAGCACUCCUCUCCAGCUGCCUGUUGAGGCCCUGCAGAAGGGCUGCCCCCAGCUGCAGGUGCUGCGGCUGCUGAACCUGAUGUGGCUGCCCAAGCCUCCCGGGCGAGUGGUGACUCCUGGCCCAGGCUUCCCCAGCCUUGAGGAGCUCUGCCUCGCUGGCUGCACCUGCAGCUUUGUCAGCAAUGAGGCCCUGGGCCGCCUGCUCCACGGCUCCCCUCAUCUGCGCCUGCUGGAUCUCCGUGGCUGCGCCCGCAUCACACCUGCUGGCCUACAUGAUCUGCCGUGUCAGGAGCUAGAGCAGCUUCACCUGGGUCUUUAUGGCAUGUCCGACCGGCUGACUCUAGCCAAAGAGGGCAGCCACCUGUUGACCCAGAAGUGGCGCCACACUCUGCGGGAGCUGGACUUGAGUGGCCAGGGCUUCAGCGAGAAGGACUUGGAGCAGGCCUUAGCUACCUUCUCAGCCACUCCUGGGGGCUCACCCCCAGCCUUGUGCUCUGUCAACCUCAGGGGCACCCGGGUCACACCAAGCACGGUCAGCUCUGUGAUCAGCAGCUGCCCAGGCCUGCUCUACCUCAACCUGGAGUCCUGCCGCUGCCUUCCUCGGGGCCUGAAGCGGGCCUACCGAGGCCAGGAGGAAGUCCAGUGGUGCCUGGAGCAGCUGCUCACCAGCCUGCCCUCCUCCAGCUAGGCAGUCCCAGACCCCUGACCCUCAGAGAGCCAGCGGCACCCUCCACCCUUUUCGCGUUUUGGAUGUUUGAGCAUUUUGUUACAAUAAAACAUUUUAGGA